AUGGGCUUAUCAGCUUCUAAACGAGUCAAAACAACACUCACCAACUCGCCUGAGUUCAACUCUGCCUGUGACUCAGCCUACGCCCACUGUCUCUCUCUAACUCAGAACGCUUUCCAAGGUGUCCUCCCGUAUCAACUCCUCACAGCCUCUGAUCACAUCCAUGCUACCGUCUCCACCACUCACAAACAACCCCUUAUCCUCAAGUGGGUUCCGUCUCCCCCAACUCGGACCCAAAUUGACUCAGCUCUUCGGAUCGUUGCUCGUCAACAAAACAAAAAGAGUGAGGAGUUGAUUCUGGGGCCGGCCCAGUUUAAGGAGUGGGCGGUGGUGCUGUACGCGGGGGCCGCCGUGGAAAAUGCCGGUAAGGCGGUUUUAGCCCGAGUUCCAAUCGGAGUGGCCGGGAUUGUUGGGAUCGGAGCCGUAAUGAGGUCCGGGUUCCAUUUGGUCGGUGCGGCGAUCGGCGUUUACGCGCUAGGGUUUGCUACUUCAAUUUACCUUAGCUUGUCUGGUUGA